AUGGGUCAAAAGUUUUGGUAUUAUGAAAACUGCCCUAACGUUCAUUUUGACUUCGCCGAAGCACUGCUGCUAAGCCACAAUGUAAUAGAUAGCGUCAAGGUGUGCAAACGUAGCCCGUUCGAUGUUAUGCAGAGCGAAUCGAAGCGAUACCAUAGCGAAGUGUACAUGUCGGAUUUCGAAAGUUAUGGACCAGAGCUGGAAGAUGGCGACUAUUCGCCGCACUCCAUCCAAGCGAUCUUCAAAGAUGCGUUGCAACCAGACGAAACAACCCCUGACCGUACGACCACGCGAGAACUAUUUACAGGCGUAGUGUACGGAGGGAACACCAGCGAUGACGGAUUCACCCCGUUAAACUCGUUGGACCUGAAAAUCUUAAAGACUACAGAUGCAGCGAGUUUGUUAGAAGAAGAAAAGCUGGAACUAGACCGCCUCCUAUGUGACCAUGAGCCAAUUACCUCUCCACCAUACCGGUUGUCGUUUCCAAAAACGCUCGAACUUAAGGCGGAGAUUGACAAGAUGUUGACGAUGAGAGUGGUGGAAGAUUGCGAGUCGGUGUGGACUUCACCGGUUGUUAUGGUGCCGAAACGAGACGGUGGUGUGCGUAUCUGUGCGGAUUACCGGAAGUUGAACGCUAUCACUGAACACGAUAGAUAUCCAUUGCCCAGAAUGGAUGACUUGCUACAGGCUGCGAAAAGUACGCGUUAUAUGACGACAUUAGACCUGCAGCGUGGCUACCACCAAGUAAAGAAUGCCUUUUGGAUUGCGAAAUGCGCCUGCGACGUUCCAGCGACUCAUGGACCGGCUGAAGUAUUCUAUGCCUGA